AUGGCCCCAGUCACCUCUGAGGGACCUGGCAUAAUGCCACUAGGUGUGGCCCGGCGGACACUGGGAAUUAUUUUACUCCUGGUGGUUGUUGUGCUGUGGACAACGUCCAAUUUCCUCGGAAGUACCAUUUUCGCCGACAGAACUUACCCGAAACCCUUUUUUGUGACUUAUACCAACACUUCGAUGUUUAUCAUGCCCCUCUUCUUCAUCCUCGGUCGUCGAACGUGGGCUCUGUGGCGCCAUCGCAAACUAUCUCAGAUUACUUCGCUCAAGAGCUUGUUAAGGCAUCUGGACUCACAUGAUCCCAAGGCCGAGGAGGAGAGCAUGCUGAAUCACGGCUCUGAUGAAGAGGAUGGGCAGCUCGGACGGCCGAGUCAAGAUGGCCCAGGCCAAAGGCUAGGGUUGAAGGCAACGGCCAAAUUGAGUGUUCAGUUUUGUCUUCUCUGGUUUACCGCAAACUACUUCGCCAUGGGCUGUCUCCAGUUCACAACAGUCGCAAGCACAACCAUCCUGACUUCCACCAGCGGAGUCUGGACCCUGAUCUUCGGCGCGAUGAUCGGCGUUGAGAAAUUCACCGCGCGCAAACUCAUCAGCGUCAUCGCUUCUCUAAUCGGCAUCAUCCUCAUCUCGCGCGUAGACCUCUCCAAACCAGAAGAAGGCGCCGCCUCAGAUGGUAGCGGCGGUUCAUUUCCCCACAAGUCUACAGGAGAGAUUGCCCUGGGUGAUGCGAUGGCCGCUUUCAGCGCAAUUUUGUAUGGUCUCUACACCAUCGUCAUGAAGAAGCAAGUAGGCGACGAGUCGCUGGUCAAUAUGCCCCUGUUCUUCGGCCUGGUUGGCUUUUUCAACGUCGUCAUGCUAUGGCCCGGUUUCUUCAUCCUGCACUGGACAGGAAUCGAAACCUUCUCCCUCCCUGAAACGCAGCGAGUAUGGACGAUUAUAUUGAGCAACUCUUUCGCUUCUUUCGUCUCCGACAUCGCCUGGGCCUACGCCAUGCUCCUCACCACGCCGCUCGUCGUAACAGUGGGCCUCAGUCUAACUAUCCCCCUUUCCCUAGUCGGGCAAAUGGUUCUGCAGUCCCAGUACGCAAGCCCACUGUACUGGGUCGGAGCGGCUAUCGUGGUCCUGUCGUUCCUGGUCGUUAACCACGAAGGCAAGGCCGAGGACGAUGUCGUUAACCCUAGUGGAGUAGGCCGGACCUCUCCGGGGGAUUAUAACAGCAUUCCUGUUGAAGAAGAGGAAAUGCGAUAG